AGAAACUUCAGAGGCUGGGACAGGGUCAGCAUCCUGAAGCCUGCUGCUUUUGACAGUUUCCUUUCUGGUCAAGCCUAACCUCUGUGCAACUCUGAGUGUACCGCGGAUCACCACAGCCAGACGCAGCACAAAGCACAGGAUGGAGCCCCGACACGGGGCUGCAACUGCCACAUUUCACCAACGCUGGCCAGCCCAGGUCCUGCUGUGGGUCUCAACUCUGAGUUGUUCUUUCUCCUCUCCAGCUUCUCUCCCUCCUUCUCUGGUACCCCGAGUCAGAAGCAGCUACACUCUGGGAAGGACGUUCCUCGGUCUUGAUAAAUGCAAUGCCUGCAUCGGGACAUCCAUUUGUAAGAAGUUCUUUAAAGAAGAAAUAAGAUUUGACAACUCACUGGCUUCCCACCUGGGACUGCCUUCUCAGGACUUGGUAUCUUAUGCUGCGAAUUACACAGAUGAUUCUAAAACCUGGCGCCCUGUGGAGAUUUCUCGACUAGUCAGUAAAUACCGAAGUGAUAUCUCUGACAGAAGGAUCUGUGCCUCUGCAUCAACUCCAAAGACCUGCAGCAUUGAUCGCAUCCUUCGGAAAACAGGGAGGUUCCAGAAAUGGCUGCAGGCCAAGCGCCUCACACCUGACCUGGUCCAGGGCCUGCCAAGUCCCUUCCUGCGUUGCCCUUCACAAAGACUCUUGGAUCGUGUGGUUCGACGCUAUGCUGAAGUGGCUGAUGCUGGCAGCAUUUUCAUGGACCACUUCACCGACCGUGACAAGCUGCGUCUCCUCUACACGCUGGCUGUCAAUGCACACCCCAUCAUUCUGCAGAUCUUCCCUGGGGCAGAAGGCUGGCCAAUGCCCAAGUACCUGGGCUCCUGUGGUAGAUUCCUGAUCAGUACCCGCACCAGGCCACUGCAAGAAUUUUAUGAUGCACCUCCAGAGCAAGCUGCUGACCUUGCCUACCAACUCCUUGGGGUCCUGGAAUCCCUGAGGAGCAAUGAUUUAAACUAUUUCUUCUACUUCACCCAUGUUGAUGCAGGCAUGUUUGGCAUCUUUGACAAUGGGCAUCUGUUCAUCCGGGAUGCCAGUGCACUAGGCAUCAUCGACAAGCAGGAAGGCAGCCAAGCAGCUGCUAGGACUGGAGAGAACGAAGACAUUUUUAGCUGCCUGGUUUCUGGUUACCAGGGCCAGAUGUCCUCCUGUGACACUAUCCCUGAGAAGCAAAGCCAAGUGCUGGCAUGUCAGCAGUUGCUGCCUCAACUUCUUCGGGGAAAGUUUCCCUCCCCUGUGCAAGAGGAAAUAGACUCUGCUCUCAGCCUGUGUAGCAAGGAUUCCAGCACAGACCUGGAAGUUCUCGAAGCCACCAGUCGGCUGAAGGACAUCUUGAGACCUCUGAGAACCUGUGAUCCUAGAUUUGCUUACCGUUACCCAGACUGCAAAUACAAUGACAGGUUUUGAGUGACUGGGGCCUCACUAGCCUGAAGGGACAAUCCAUAAGCUCUUCCAUGUCCUUGGUUGAGUUGCUGCCAAAUUGUAAAAAGCCAUUCAAUUUUAAAUAUUUAAGUACAUUCAUUUCCUAAGAAACACUCAAAACUAGUGAGAGAACCCCUGACACUACAUGACUGGUAUCACUGGCUAGUACACCAUGGCAGAGUCAGGAGGUAGACAUAGGAAGACCCAGGUGUGAACACUCAAUGUCUUUGAACCUCCGUUAGACUGUCGCAAGUUAAAGAAAAUAGAGAUAUGAAGGGCACAGAAAUACAGUUGCAUCCCACAAAGCAUGUUCCAGAAGCAUACACAGGUAGGCAAGUGAGAAAGUUCCACGUGUUGUGAGGUUGCUAUAGGUAGAAGGCUUUUUGAAGUCAGGACUUUAGGCUGCUGGAACUUAAGGUCCUACUCUCUUGCAUCUAUGAGAAGAUACUAUAAGCCAGAGGGAUGUGCUCACACACGAGCAGCUACUGUACCCUGUAGGUACCAGGGACUCCUUAUACAUGUGUGGAAGUGAAUCACCACAAGAACUGGUAAGGCACUAAAGGUAAAAAGUGAGCAAGGGCAACUGGGGUCAAUGUGCUUGCUCAGGUCCUCUAAAAGGCAAGUGUAAAGCACAAUUACCUGAGUUUUUUUUUAGAGGACAUGCAUAUGGGCAAGGCAAGAAGAGAAACAGGAAAAGCUAAAAGGUCAACUCAUGCUGUGGUCUGACCCUCAAAAGAUAGGCAAUGCAAGAAAGACUGUCUGGGUGUCUACAAGACCAAAAUGGAGGCAUACACUAAAGGAGCCUCAUAUCUCCCAUGAAUAGAUCUGUUUUACUAUCCCUGUGUGUUCAGAGAUAGCCAGAACAGGCUGCAGCAAGUGCGGCUACAGCUUACUUGUAAAGACCAAUUUCAGGGCACAGCAUCCUGAGGCACUGGACAGGUUCCAUUGCUCAUUGUACCUGCAACCUGGGACUAUGGCCUGCUCUCUUCCUACCACAUGAGGAGUCCUAAAACUCUCAUCUAAAUGUAGCCUUAAAAGUCAUUAUAGAAACAACUUUUUUUUUUCAAAGUCAACCAAUGGAAUACAGUUUACUCAACAACUGCUUUGAUAUUCCUUUGAAAUAUUUAACUACAUGGUUUAUAGGGCUCUAUGCAUGAUAUCAUUUAGCCUAAGACCUUUGCCUAGCCUCCCAGCAAGACUUCUACUCCUGGAGAUUGUUCAGUCUACCUCCUAUUUUCUACCUCUAUUUCAGCACCUUGGAAUUCAGAACACCUGGCUUAACAAGCCUCGCUAUACACAUAGGGAAACAGAGACUCAGGGAAGCAGUGAUUUGCUGGUAUACUGCUAAAACCUUCCCUACCAAUCCAUUCCCCUGGUGCCUUCCUCAUCAGUCUCAGACUCUCAUCUUAGACUUUACAAUUCUAAUUUCAUUCACAUAUUUAAAGUUUAACCCCAAGGAUCCUGUCUUGUGGUAUACUGAGUAGCCUUCUGAUUUUGCCUUUUGAAAGCAAAUGCUGUUUUUGUGCAGCUGUGUGCACAUCUGCAGUGCAGGCCAAAGGAGGACAGAUAACCAUUAAGCAGGGCAUAACACUUUGGAGUGGUCUGGAAAUGGCUCCCCAUCUAGUGACUUACUGCAAGGUCAGGAGGUUGAAAAGUCCCCUUUCUCACACAUUUUGAGGACAAAGCAGACUUGUUCUCAUCAUCAUGAUUACAGACUUAGGUGCUAUCUCCACAUGACAUCCUCUCAGCUCCAUGCCAUCUUUUGUUUCUGCUACAACCUAUCUGGAGUAGACAUGCAACAGAGGAACCAGGCUUCCCUUCAUAAGGGACACAUCUUUCCUAAGGAGAGGAGUGUCAUUGGCAAGAGGCACUGACUGUCGGCCCUUUGGACUCUACUUUGGUCACUCUGUGGCUUCACUCUAAGCCACAUCUGUCCUAAAGCAUGCCCAUGCCGAGUCACUGGGCUUGGAAAGAUAUAAUGCCUUGACCAAUUUGGCCCCCUUAGCUACAACUCUGAUGGACGAUUGUUAUUCCAAAUUUCUCCACACAUCAGACCAACAUACUUCUGGCUCUGCAUCAUAGUCUAAUUUCCAUUGCUCCUCCUUUCCCUCUGAACUUUUUUCUACAGGUAUUGACUAAACUACUUGUACCAGUGAGAGACCAAAAUGGUGGUUCCAGAAAAGUAUGUUAACAUUUUAGUCCUCAGAGGCUGUGACAAUUACUUCACAUGGGAAAAGAUGUGGUUAAGGAUCCUGGGACCUUGCAGGAUUAUCUAGGUAGGUCCUAAGUGUCAGCCCAUGAGUCCUCUUAAGAGGGAGGCAGAGGGACUUUUGAAAAAGAAGAACCAGUGAUGCGAACACAGAGAUGAGGACUGAAUGAUGAAACUAUAAGCCAAGGCACUCAAGCAGUCACUAGAAGUGGAAAGACACAAGGAACAAAUCCUUCUGCCUGAUCCCCCAAAAAGAAUAUGGCCCUCAUGAUACCCAAGUUUAAACCCAGCAAGCCCCAAGAGCUGUGAAAGAAUGCAAUUCUAUUGGUUUGCACCACAUUCUUCAAGUUUAUUUUAGCACUUGUAGGAAUCCAAUAUGCACUCAAGUCUGUUGAGUAGCACCUUCCAGAGAGCUCCACCUACAACAUUUAACCUCUGUGUGUAAAUGGAAAGUGAUAGUGAAG